AUGACGUUUGGAUACGACGUUCAAAAGUUGAUUCCGCGUGUUAAUUCAAAUUACAUUUUGAAAAUCUAUUUGGCAGCUUGUAUCUCGCUUUCAACAUUUCUUCCUUUUUCAUCGUCUCUGCAACUUUCACGUGAACCUCAUCUACAUCAGUCCUUUAGAUUCUUCACGGGUGGCUUCUCUGUAUCGAACAUCCGUACUUCAGAUUCACCACAGGCAAAUCAGUUGCACAACAUAUAUGGAUUUCGGUAUACAGGUGUCAAGGUGUGCCAAAAAUAUCAGCGAUUGAAAGCUGAUUACCAGACAUUUAAGCGACUGCAGGCACAGACUGGUCUGGGAUGGGAUCCUAUUAUAGGCACUGUUGUUGCACCCAAUGAAUUUUGGGAUAAGGCUAGCAGAAAUGUGAAGAAGUUCAGGACAAAAAGGGGCCCUGUCUCGUGCAUCCACACAAGGACCCUUGACUCAGAAGAAGAAGAUGACAUGUUAAAUAAAUUUUGGAACGCUGAUGCUGGUGGGAGUAACGCUGGUGGGAGUAAUGCUGCUGAGGCCAUUCCUGUUGACUUAUUCGGGGAUGAGUAUAUGGAUCCAGCAAAGGGCAAAAGUCACAAGAGGGGCCUUGUAACCAGCCAGACUGACAGUGGUCGUUCCAAAAAGUUAUGGUCAAGUGGGUUUGAUGAUGUGCGCACAGCUUUCACAUUGCAUAUGUCAUCCGACAGAGAAAACAAUACAAUGGAGCUCUCAUCAGAGGAGGUUGAGGUUGUUGAUGAUUUUAUGGAUUUUUUGAUGAUUGCUUUAAUGCAUGACCAUAUUAACGCGUCAAGUAGUCGCCGACUGCAGCGAAUUGAUUUUAUGGAUUUCUUGAUGAUUGCUGAUUGUGUCGGUGCUAUCGAUGGCACAUUGGUGGAUGCAUGGGUCCCUACUUCAGGACAAAAUACAUUCCGCGGUCGGAAAGCAACAGUAUCGCAAAAUGUACUCGCAGCUUGCGACUUCGAUAUGUUGUUCACAUUUAUUAAUUCUGGAUGGGAAGGUAGCGCUCACGACAAUGCUAUUCUGGUUUACUCUAUUACACGAGCUGAUCUACAGUUCCCACACCCACCCAAUGGCAAGUACUAUUUAGUUGAUGCUGGUUUCACGAACAUACCUGGAUUUCUUGCCCCAUUUCGGUCUCAACGGUAUCACUUGCAAGAGUUUCGUGGCCAUUGUUAUGCAGGACCUAAGAAAUUGUUUAACCAUCGACAUUCGUCAUUACACAAUAUCAUAGAAAGAACAUUUGGUGUUUUGAAGAAGCGCUUCCCAAUAUUGCGGUCCAUGCCAAAUUACAAGUCUACACGACAAGGGCCUCUCGUGAUUGCAUGUUGUGUAGUGCACAAUUGGAUCCGUUUGCAUGCAGCUAUGGAUCUAUUCUUUAUGGAAGCUGAUAAUGAAAUGGCCGCAGAAGCUGAAGCAGACGGGCUUGUUGGAGACCAAGCUGACUACGUUGACAUGUCACAACAUGGGUUAACGUCCCAAUCGAAUGUUAGGGAUGCAAUUGCUACUGCUAUGUGGCAAAAUCAUGUUCACCAUGCAUAG